CGCUUCUUUAAUAUUUCCUCCUCAAAGCCAACCAAAACGAAAACCUUCUCAAUUAAGAAUAACCGAAUAAUAAUAACACAUCUCUCUCUCUCUUUAUAUGAAAAAAUGGGUGAAGAGAACCAAGGGAUUAAGCUAUUUGGAGCAAUAAUAAAAUUGCAUGAUGAAGAAUUAAAAGAGGGUGAAAAAGGAAGCGAAGAUCUAACGGUGGAGAAGAAGCCAGAGGAGAUCAUACCGUGUCCAAGAUGCAAGAGCAUGGAAACUAAAUUCUGUUACUUCAACAACUACAACGUUAAUCAACCAAGACAUUUUUGCAAGACUUGUCAGAGAUACUGGACGUCUGGUGGGGCCCUCCGUAACGUGCCGAUUGGGGCCGGACGUCGGAAGCCCAAGCCCACCGACGGUGCACUUUAUGAAACUAAUUCGGGUGAUGGCCAUGAUAAGUUUGGGUUGGUUUUGGAUAAGUGGCAAGUCGACACGGCGGAGAGUAAUUUCCGGCAAGUUUUAUCCGGCAAGCGGAGGAGGACGACCUCAGGUGGUUACUCGUUAGCUUUAUUGUGAUUGACCACUUGUUCUUUUUAGAAUAUAUAUCAUGAACUAUGGACAUAGAAGAAACGUAUAUAUUAUCUAUCCUCUCUCAAUUUAGAUUUAGAUUUGGCCAAUAUGGAACAAUAUAGUCAUCUCAAAUUCAAAUGGAUUCAUAUAAUAAAAAUUGUAAACUGUAUUUAUUUAAUUUAUAGCAAAUCCAUAUUCUCCAUUAA